AGCACCACCCUUACUGGGGUACCCGUACUUACUGGCGUAUUGGUACCACCGGUACCGGUACUGGCUUCUGGCUUCUGGCUUCAGUCUUGACGACAAAUUUUCGUUUGUGGUUCUGCUACGGAACUGGAGCAGCUAUUAGUGUUGUCCACCUGAUUGCAAGAGCUCUGAUGAUAUCCUCAUUUUGGAGACUUGUUGACACUCGCAACGAGAGAAGGUUAGGAGACAACGUUGCCAUACGAUGCAAGCUGAAGAUAUGGAGCAGCCCAGUGUCGCCUUCGUGGGAGAGCAACCACAGAACGAUGUUUUUACUGAAGACCCCAGCAGUCGUUACUUUGGACAGCCGAUACAGAAUGUGCCCACUCGCGAAGAUGACUUUAUGAGAGACGAGAGUAUGCUCUCUCAUGCACAGCAGCAAUCGAACAGUGUGGUUUUUGAGAAUGUGGCCUUUGUGGGGUGGCAGGUGGGAGGAGGCCAUUUGUCCUUGGUCCGUCGAGGCUUUAUCUUUCACUCCCCGCCUGGUGCUCCUCAAGAGAAACUCAAGCUGAAAAUCCGAUGGAAAUCGGUUGUCAAGAUCAAAACCAACAAACGAGCCGAGGACCGAUACUUGCUCAAGGUAGUAACAAAGUACAACGAUGAUUUGAUAUUUGAAUUCCAGAGCAGACAAACGAUGGAUAAUGCUCGAGUCCGUAUGCUGCUCAAGUUGGAAGCAAGCCAAAAGGACAACGACAAGGAAGGCAAUGACGACGUUGAACCGUUCUCAGCUCCAGAGAGAACCCAAUACACCAACGUGGGCUUUCAAGGCCAGCGAGGUGGUCGUCUUGUGUUGGAUGGGUAUACCAUAACUUACAUCAAUUCGCAAGGGGUUAGCACGGCUAGCUGGGAGUGGCAAAACCUCACCAAGUACAAGAUCAACAAAGCCACACACGGUACCCCAAUGCUUCGAAUCAUUGAUGUCCAGAACAACUCGUUCACAUUCCAGAUGAAAAAUCACAUGGACAAGGAACGAGUCAGAGAGGAUAUCAGGAAUCGGGUUGGUGGCAGUGAAUCGCUGCCUGAGGAACAAGCGCUGGCGCCGGGUCCAGCCAAACCUAGGUUGUCUGCGGUUCUCCGAAAAAGUCAUGGCAGCAAUCGAAGGGAGCAUGAGUCGGUGAAAAAGACCCUUGGUUCUUUUCCACGCAUCGUGGGGCCAGCAGCAGACAUUCGAGAGUUGGAAUACAUCUCAGCUCUUCAUCAAAACGCAGAGAAACUCUUGCGAUCAGAUGGCACCAUCUCUUCCCAAGACAUUGGGCCCUACCUUUCGUCUCGGUACGGCAUUGAGAUCACUUCAGAGCAAGCGAUCGAUAUCGCGAUAAACUUGUGUGGUGGAAAGCUUCGCAAUGAAUUCGCAGCACAACUGGAUGUCCAAAAUGACAAAAUUGCAAGAGGAGGGACCCAUCAGAGUGUUCCCACGGAGGAGCAGAGUACGACUGAAGAUGACGAAGAAGAGGAAGAACCAAUCUACUAUUUUGACUUGGUACAGCUCAUGUCUGUCUUAGUGAUCCCGGAGCUUCGCCAGCUUGCUGACAGGUAUCACGGCUCUCGAUCUAUCAAAAAGUCUACGAAACGCCAGCGACAAUUAUGGUCCAGCAUUAGUGAGCCAAUCAGUUUCAAGAUGGAAGAAGAGGAGAAAAAAGAGGAGGAUGCAAUGACACCGGUGGAAACAAAGGAAGCGCGACUCUCAAACAAGGCAGUGGGAAUUGUUAAGGUUGUACUUGAGGCACUGAUAGAGAUCUUCGACGAGGACCUCCAAGGUGAAAUUCGACGUGGAGCGACAAUUGAUGCUGAUAUGCUGAUUACGAUUCUAGAGUCGUUUGGAGAUGUGGACACGGCGAACGAUCCAGUUCAAGUGCAAAAACUACUGGACGCGCUAAGGAUCAAUGGUGGCCCUCCCAUGCUAAAAGUAGAAAACUUCCUUGCAGCUCUGACUUCGGAUGUAUCCACUUACGUCCCAGCGCCAACGGAUGAUGAUGGAAGCGCUCCGAAGACUUCGGUCUUUUACGACGUGUUUGGCUGGAAUUGGGACGAACCCAUGGCCACUGAGAAUCCCGUUGUCAGUGACCAAGUGUUGCACAUGGGCACGGCCAGUUUCAUCGACUACGUAGCAGACACUUAUCGCUCCGCUUGGGCCAACACGAUGGUGUGGUGCCUUUUCAUACUGACAACUCUGGUGUACCUGAGCUUCUUUAUCUCUCAUCUGCAGGCUAGCGAAGCUGCCACUGUGUUCUGUCCCGAUGAUGAGCACUUUGGUUGUGCUAUUGGCAACAAGAUCAUAGGGUGGAUUCUGACGGCUAUCUUUUGUGGGACGUACGGCCUUGUGUUCAUUCUUCCCACAAGCGUUGGUAACGUCUAUGGGCAGAAAGGGCUCCAGUGGUUUACCCUCUUUGCGACUGCUUUCUUGGCGUUUGCGCCCUUUUCCACUUUGAUAUGGUACCGACGGGGAAUACCACAUGUGAUAGAGACUUUCGUGGACCAUCGGGUGAUAUGCCCAGCGUGGGUUGAAGCUCCAGAAAACCCGGACACCGUUGCCGAAGCUGUUGCGCAAGAGGUUCUCGCGACUGGGAAAUUGGAGGAGGAUGAAACCAAGGGUUACCUCAGUUUGGACCCACAGUGUCUUCCCAUCGUGGAUUGGUGUGAAGCACAUCCAGAAGUACAGGGGAAGUAUCUCGACGAGGACCCAUCUACUCUAAGCUACAGUGAAUUUGAAACUUGCUACAAUUUUACAAAGACAGAAGUUGUCGAUAUUUUCUUGUUGGAAACGGGGCGGUCUUGCAAUCCAAACAACAAGACAGAUCUAUGCCCGGGGUACGGCAAAUGUGCCCGAAGUGCUCUGUCUGAAUCUGCUCCAUAUGUGUGUUGUCACGGAACCGCAAUUCCCUUCGCAGAUGAAGACGCAGCGUUCGACCAGGUUUGUGACGGGCAACCGAUCGAUGCCCCUUGCAGGGACGACCUGAUGUGUGAGAGCCGUUUGUGUGUGAACAACAAGUGCGCUGAAGAGGAAGGUAGCAAUGACGCCCAGAAAAAACCUCUGGGCGAAAAUUGUGAUAGUAACCAUGCCUCCUGCACAAGUGGGUUUUGCUUUCAAGGGACAUGCCAGCAGCACCCCAAAUGGUGUCCGAUUCUAGGCCUCGAGGCCUUGGGAGGCCUCAGGCUAGAUCCUUACUGCCGGACGGUGAGUGACUGGUGCUCAUUCAACAACUGGAGAACUCUAGGAUUGAGCCUGUUUGGUACGGCCUUUGAGGAAGCCGGACUGGUGGAAAGUUCAGACGUGAACGCUGCUGAAGCUGCGGAACAAGAUGCUGAAGGAGUUGUGGACGAGGUUUUCCAUGAUACAGGAGAGGCCGGGGAGGAAGCUGAAUUAGAACUUGACGAGCAGUUGAAAACGGAAUGUGAGAAGUUUCUAGAUGCUUUUCUUGAUUUCAACGAAGACCUCCAAAGAGAAACAACAUUUUCCUUCUUGAAGAGGGUUCCAGCAACUGAACAAAACGAAGUGGAGAUUGCCACUAUCGCGUACAACAAUGCUAUCGAAGACACUUUGGAAGACGAGUGGACGUACUUCAUACUGCUUUGCAUUGCGGUUGUUGGAGCAUUUGCAGUUUUGGCCGUGGUGAAGGGGCUUGUGAAGGCUGCCAAAGGUCACAGUAGAGUUCGUGACUACACAAUCAAAUGCGCUGCAACCCACAAAAUUGCCGAUGUGAUUGAGAAUGCUUUAGGUAUGCAUAUGGUUGAAGGCGCCAGCACAAAAGGGCAGGUCAUGCGAAACUUCUUUCUCCACGGAGAGACAGUUGUGGAGGUUGGAGGGGUACCAUGGACACUGAAGCAGCUCUUCUCUCGCAGGCUCUUCUUCGAGGAAGGUAUAAGAUUUACUGGAAGGCUCUGGAUUGGGUUGAUCGUCCAAGCGAUCGUGACGAUCGUCGGUGUGGCAUACGCGUCGGCUCUGGUCGAGAUGUUUGGGCAUGCCAUUGAUGAGAUUCGAUCAGAUCUCGGGUUUCGGUUCACGAAAGAGGAAAUCUUGGCCUUCAGCCCAUAUGAGUGGGCUACAGUUACCCGAGAUCAGCUCACAGUGACAGAGGAAGAGCAAGCUAUCUUGGACUAUCUCCCAGAGAAAUGGAUGAUCGAUGCCGCUGGUAUUCCUGCAAUUGUUGUUGGGACACUGGUGGCCACGUUCUGCAUCUUGGUUUAUGUGCCGAGCUAUACCAACAAGGUCCUCAAACUGCGGAAUGGAACAAUACCCAGCCUGAAAGACCCGUAUUUUGGCACGUAUCGGAACUCGCCUGACAAUGUGGUGCAAAACGUCGGAAACAUGGUGUUCUCUAUGAUGGGAGCGGGUGUCUUUACAGCAUUACUGACGUUUAUUGGCGUCUUCAUUUUUGCCUAUCCAAUCACGAGGGUCCAUGUAGUUGGCAGCAUUGCAGUUGCCAUUGGUAUUGCUUCCACGAUUGCACUCAAAAUCGUAGGCCAGAAACUUCUGCGGGGACGCAACUUCAGUUCCUUUUAUCGAAAGAAGCCAAGAGCAGCGAACUACGCAAGCUUGUUCUUCGAAUGCUGGUACCUGGGCACGGGUCUUCUCAUUGUUAUUUCCAGGCUGAUUAUUUUCAUUGUCACUGGAGCGUUUUGGUUGGGAAGAAUUGAUGUUGAAUUUCUCCACCCAAACGUUAAGAUUGCUGGCGUUGGUUUGGAUUCCGUACCAACGGGCUUCACUAGAGAUCUGCUGGUCCACGAGGCACAUCUGCAUCCGUACAUCGAGAGGUUGGGCAGCAUGUAUCUGAUGCGGAUUCGUGAUUGCGAGAAGUUUGGAAGCAUUGCUGGCACUACAUGGAGGUCCUUGUUUGUCACGGGGUUGAUGCCUUGGAUUGUGAAGUACAAAGUGAAUGGCUUCGAUGAGGAUAGCUUCGACGCUCCCGAUGACUAAUCGAGUGGAGUCCACGACGCAAGUAAACAUCACUCUUUGUGUUUUGAAUCUCUAAUUGGCGUUAAAAAGGUUGAACGUUGUUCUUGUCCAUUAUGCUGCUGCCUAUAAACUCGUAAUAUGAAUGCGAGUGUCGUAUUCACUAAACUACGAUCUGAUGUGCCCGAUUGCCUCCAGAAUGAGGACUCCGUCAACCGUAAAGUCGCAAGGGAAGACAUUAACAUCAACUUCCCAACAAGCUCUCGACAUGGCCAACGCCCUUCCUCUUGGCCAACUGCGACCGCAGAGGCCCUCGCUGUGGGAGGCUCCCUCUGCUUCUCCUUGGAACUCGUGUAUGGUUUGCUGAAGAUUGCGUAGAUAUUAUGUUGAGCCAAGUCAGAAUUCAUUGAAGCAACGAAUCGAAUCCAAUAAGUUAAGGCUCCAGCGUGCCAUUGAAAAAGGGACCCGUUUCCUCCAGUGCUGGAUCUGACAGCAGCGCUGGUUCGUCUUCCGCCGAGGAUCUUCCAAAGAUCCCCGCCAUGACAGCCACAAUCAAAAGAGUCAAGCAGAGUCCCAUGACAACAUGUUCUCGUUGCUGUUUGGUGAGUUCCCAUACAUCAUCCACGGCUUCAAUUUCAUUGCGUCGUUCGUCGUUUUGAUCUUCGGGUACCACUGUCAAAAUUUGCUGUGAUGUUUCGCUAUCGCGACGCAACCCUCGGGUGGAAACUUCGGCCACGACCACUCCGGUGGUAUGCGCCGUUCGGGCCACGACAGUGACUCGAUCGGGAGAAUCCUUGAUGAUAUCACAGGCGACGCGAGCAUCAACUUCGGUCACAUCGACUUCGUUAAUGGACAAGAUCCGAUCUCCGACAUUUAACAGAGACUGUGCAAAGAGUCCGUUUUCAUUAAUGGAAGAGACUCGCAAAUCGCGUUGUCCCGUCGACUUGAGACCCAUGCCACUCCGUUGAUUUCGAUUGGCCUUGGUAAUCAUGGAUUCAAUCAAACAGGGAUCGCCUCCUUCAUUACGACAGACAAUAUUGAUGUAUCCCGUGGCCUCUCGCAACAUUCGUGCCGCUUCUGGACUGUCCAUAUGCUGCGUCCUCUUGUUGUUGAUUGAGAGAAUCUUGUCUCCGGCUUGAAAGGGACAAUGUCGCAAGAGACUUCCCUUGGACGCAUUGUUGUUUUCUUCGUCGUCGUCAUCAUCGUCGUCCGUCGCUACAAUGUCUCGAUUGAUGGAAUAGACCACGACUUCAUCGCGCAACAAGUUGAGCCCGACACUUUCCGUGGGUGCAUUCUUGAUGACGGUGGCACUGAGGAGUUCGGCUCGUCGAUGCUGUCCGACGGCCGAUGCCGGGGUAAAGGGAGAUCGACUGGAGGCGCUUCUGGUGGCAUUGGCCAAAAAGUUGCGGGCCGCUCUAGCGAGUCCCGACGCACGACGAUUACCGGGAUACGGCAGGGGUUCCUCAUCUCCGAGCUCUAGAUCGUGCAUGUUGAAACUGCCAUUGCUGCGAAAACUAGCGUCGAUUUCGACGGCCUGAGCGACAAUCUUUUCAUCUGCCAAAUCGGAAUCAUUGGGUUGACUGUCGUCGUGUGGACUGUCGUCAUCUGGUUGGUUGAACGAAGAGGAAGGCACUUCAAAUUCGGCAAUGACACCAUCGCUCGACACGAGACGCUGUCGUUGUCGUGGUUUAUUGGCAGAGGAAGAAGAAGUCAAUUCUUGGACUACAAUUCCUCCCGUCGAGUCGACGACUGGAUGGACUUGCAGUGCAUUGUUGUUGUUGCUGUUCUUGUUGUCCAAAUCGCGAUGAUCCAUGCUGCCACCUCCAUCGGCUGUUUCGUCGUCAGAAAGAACUCCCGCCAGUUCAUUCUGGACGGUUUGAAAGUCCUGUUCGAGCGCCGCUCCGAAAUUGGAGAGUCUAAUGGUGGGAAUGUUGGAGUCAUCCAAAUCCAUGUAUUCGCUGCAAUCAUGAAAGGAAUCCACAGCUUGGACAUGCACUGGCUCGGAGAAGGUCCCCGACAUUUCAUCUCGAAAGGAACACCCCGAGUGACGAGAAUCAGGGCUCUCGGAAUAGGAUCCUUCUUCCAUGUUUUGGAUGGAAUGAGGCGGCGUAGAAGCAUUCGUAGAAGACAUCAUCUUCGAGACUUUUUUCUAUAGAUAUAGACUUCUUUCUUGGCCAACUUGAAUGGAAGCGAAUCGAAUGGAAUGAGUGUUAUCUUAUCUUCUGGUGGGUUUGCUGCGAGCCACUUCCGAGGGAACAAAAGAUCGACUCGUCACUCGUCACUCCGCUCCUCUGAUUCGAUUCUCAAAAACCAGGUUCCACUGACAAUCUUCUUCACCAAACAGAGCAAAACAGCACAGACAACAAAAAGUCCCCAGCAACAAGGAGGAUAGGCUGCGAAGGUGACUUGAUCUCUUCCUGCAAUGCACAAAAGGACCGUUGCUCUCUAACAAGAAGCACAAGGAGCCAAUGGCCGAAAAUCACUCAUGCAACCGCUUGAUCACCAGUUUCGUUUGCAAUUGGUGGGAGGCUCGGCAAUGGCUGAGAUGAUGAACAUCAAUCGCGCUACCAAAAUUGCCUUCCUUUUUCCCUUCUUUGGGAGGCUCUUUGGUCGGUUUGGCUACUUCGAGAGUACACUAAAAUACCUACCGAUGGUAUGAUAAUCGUUGUCAAGGACAUGUUCUACCGUUGCAAUCCCGGUGUUAAGUCUCAAUUAGUUUCUCAAUGUAUUUCCAUCCAAAUCCAGUGAAAAGAAUGAUGAAUCAUCAUCCAUUUAUGUCAAUUUCACAAACAAAUAAGCACUGAAGUACAAAUUCUUGAAAAAGAAGUACCAGUAUCGAUUGAAAUUUCAAAGUGACCCUCUCUUUCAUCUCAACUCUCAAACCAUCGGUACACCCUGCGACUUGCUCAACCUACAUCCGGGUUGUUUUCAAAGAUCCAAGAUUCCUCAUCUAAGUCUCCUCGGCCACCAAGCCGGUUGCCGAGAAUGAAAAGUAAGUGACCAAAUCGUUCAGCUUGUUGAGCUGU